CUUUUCCCUGUCUCACUCGAUCUCGGCCAACUCAACGGCCAACACACCACCUUGAGCUGAGUGAAGCUUGAACCCCCCACCUGCUUGGAACUCGACCUCAUCUUCACCAGGACGUGCCUGUCACCCGCCGUCGCAGCGCAGAUGUGCAGCUACUCUGAGAUCGCCACUCAUAGAGAGAAGCAUUGUCUCUCUCGUCCGAGGCCAACUCGAACGCUUGAUCGGAGGCAAAGCAUGAAUGCGCUCCCAGCUGUUGCUUGGCUGUAACAGCAGAGAGGCAGAAUACAUGAAUGUACUGUGAGUCUGACCACCCCAUAAGAAGAAGAGAGGGAAGAGAACACGGGUUUCCCCAUUUUCGUCCAAACUCCCGGCAUCAGAGUUCCGGGGAACGAAUCCGUGCCAAGGGAAGCAUGUCUUGCCCUUCCCUGCCCAGCCGCGCGCACGACUGUCCACAUGUAAACGGCACAUCGCGACUGCAUCGAUGAGCACUCCGGCACACAAGAAGCCCUUCACAACAUCCCCCUGUCGGUGUCGCGUUGAUUUCCACGCAAGCUCGAGGGAUGCGACCAGUGGACCUAGCGUAACACGAGAUAUGGCUUGCUGUCUGAAAGACCCAAGUGGCCUGCAGCUUUUCCUUAUGAAAUGGCGGCUCUAGCUCUGGUUCCUCUCACCGACUCUCAGACCGUCCGAUAAAACCCGCCCCCUUCUCAUCAACUCAACCCUUUCGCCCGCCCGCCCGCCCAUGCUACCAAACAUCUCAGCCACAUCAUCCAUCAAACCAUCACCAUCACCACCCUAUUUCCAUCUGACCCAACGGCUCAAGAACCAACCCGUCCCUCCGUUCGCUGGCGGGCCUCGACUGUUGACUCGCUACUUCCCUCCCUCCCCCUCCACCUCACAAGAUAGAUCCCUGUGUCGACGGCAUCGUCCCGAGCCAGCCGUGGGCCGGGCUGUUUCCUCCAUUCCUCACAGAUACUACUGAGUACGCGCAGUCUCACGCACGGCCGUGGUCGUCGCCGUUGUUUGUGUUGGUUUUCAGUACUAUUAUGCUGUAGCAAACGCUUCACUUCUGACCCCCCGCGAGAUCGAUCCUCCCCCUCAAAAGGACCGAGCCUAGCUACCCAAGUCCGACAUACCGGGUUGACCCCCGCUCGGACGAUCCCCCUCAGAGUUCGGGCUCUGAUACCGGGGAGAGAAUCCCAGCCUGCCGGUCCAAAGUUUCGGUACCCCUUGCAUUUCACUGCCCAGCUUCACUCACGGCCGGUCCUAAUCUCACAGCUCUCCGAUUUGCAUUUUAUUCACAGUGCUCCCCUUCCUCGUACUCUAUCCGAUCCCUUCUUUUCCCCUUCCUUCCUCCUCUCCCUCCACAAAGGACGGCCUUGGACGCUCCUCAACAGAGAAACUUCACCGGUCUCAGCUAGGUCAACAGGACUCAACGGCGGCGCCAGCCACCCGAGACAUAUCUCACGAUAGCUCACACCCCAUUUAAAUAAAACUUGCUGCCGCCUCCUCGCGCAUGUCUCACUCCAGCCAGAACACUCGCAGCGGCGCCCUCACCAGGAGUACCCGGGACGACACGACCAUGACCCGGACGCGGCGCACCUACUCGCCCUCCUCCCGCUCCCGCUCCUCCUCGGCGGGUCCCCGCGGCAGCCACCACCGCCGGCCCAGCAUCAAGACAGCCGCUGUCUUCAUCGCUGCCGUCGCCGUCGCCUCACUCUGCGUCCACAAGCUCUGGCCGCGCAGUACUUCGCACUCCAAGAAACAGGACUGGGACCAAUCGCUCACGCCGCCGGGCCGCCGCUCGCGCAGGCGCAACGCCAUCCGUGACCGCCACAAUGGCUACCUCGACUACGACGACCACAACGUCUUUGACCGCAACGACUACUACCGCCCCCGCGACGACGUGGCCAGGGGGGCCUUGCCCGGGGGCAGGGGGGAGUCCUACUACCCGCCUCGCGGCCGCGGCGGCGACGGGCGGUCGAGGGGCUACGGCAGCGACAGCGAUGGGGACUCGUACUACUCCUACGACUACUUGCCAUCCCCGAGCGAGCGCUUCUCGGGUAGGCGGGGGACGAUCGAAGGAGGAGCGGACCGGCGGGGCCGGUCACGCGGGUUCGGCGGCACAGACGAAGAGAACGAGGUCGUCCGGUACGAAAAGCAGUCCAACAGGUCGGAGGCGGACAGGAGUCGUUUCGAGGAGGAGCGCCCGGAGCGGCCGCGGUACAACGAAGCCGUGGAAGAUUGGAGCCGGCGAGGGGGUCAACGGUAUCCUUCUCCGUCCGAGGAGCGGAGUUACCGGGGCGAGCCCGAUUACGUCGAUCGGAGGUCUCGGCGAAGGUCCGACUACUAGGCACUC